GGAGCGGAAGGGGCGGCCAGCUGCUCGCGGUGCGGAGCAGGGUCAGGAUGGAUGAGGACGUGCUGACCACCCUGAAGAUCCUCAUCAUCGGCGAGAGCGGCGUGGGCAAGUCCAGCCUGCUCUUGAGGUUCACAGAUGAUACUUUUGAUCCAGAACUUGCAGCAACAAUAGGUGUUGAUUUUAAGGUGAAAACAAUUUCAGUGGACGGAAAUAAGGCAAAACUUGCAAUAUGGGAUACUGCUGGUCAAGAAAGGUUCAGAACAUUAACUCCCAGCUAUUAUAGAGGUGCACAGGGUGUUAUAUUAGUUUAUGAUGUCACAAGAAGAGACACCUUUGUUAAACUGGAUAAUUGGUUAAAUGAGUUGGAAACAUACUGCACGAGAAAUGACAUAGUGAACAUGCUAGUUGGAAAUAAAAUUGAUAAGGAAAAUCGUGAAGUUGAUAGAAAUGAAGGCCUGAAAUUUGCACGAAAGCAUUCCAUGUUAUUUAUAGAGGCAAGUGCAAAAACCUGUGAUGGUGUACAGUGUGCUUUUGAGGAACUUGUUGAAAAGAUCAUUCAGACCCCUGGACUGUGGGAGAGUGAGAACCAGAACAAAGGCGUCAAGCUGACACACAGGGAAGAAGGCCAAGGAGGCGGAGCAUGUGGUGGCUACUGUUCUGUGUUAUAAACUCUGGGAAAUGCCAUCUCUUGCGUAUUUGAUCAGAUAAUGUCAUCUUUCUGCAUAUAAACUCUCUAACUGCUAUUUUAGGGACCUUGCAGUUUGCACAUAUUUGUUUUGUAUCAUGGCAGUAAAUAUUUGUGAGAAAGCCCACUCAUUGACUUUUCCAGGUAAAACGUAAGCAUGCAGUUUGCAAUCUGCAGUUUUUUAUGUAACAUAAAAUAGGUGUACCUUUAUAAGUACAUUUGAUUUUAUGAUUUACAUUCAUCAUGUGAUUUUUUUAAAAAUCCACCUCUCUAGUAUAUGUCGAUACAAGGUCUAGUUUUGGUCUCCUUUUCGCUUAAAUAUUUAUCAAUUACUGAAUUAAUUGGUAUCAUAGAACUCCCAGGACCACUGGGAGAUACACAGAUGUCAUCAAACCUGGCAGAUUUCCCUUCAGGAAUAACAAAGAGCAUGAUUCCACAGCUUUCCUAGGAUGUUCACUGACGGAUUCUCUUUAGUACUAAGCAAAAUCCUCUCUGCAGGAUGUGGUCGAGGCCAGUUUAUAAUUAAACCCCCAUUUGUUCUGACGAUACUUCUGAAUUAGCAUUAAUAUGUUAAAGAAGUUUGGUCUUCCUUGACUUGAGGAGUAGCUCAUUGCUUAGCUGGAGUUUUAAUUCUGUGAUGUGUACAUGGCUUCAUGAGCCUCUGUGCAGCAUUUUGGGUUGUGUGGUAUUUGACAGAAUGGCAAUAAGAUUCCCCCAUUUGGGUUCCAGAAGGACGGGAGUAGUACGUUUGUGUAACUCAUGUAGCACUUAUCACCUUUAAAACCAACACCUUUUCCCAUAAAUGUUGGUGGUGUUCCGGUACUUCAAUUAUAGCUUGUGUAAUGUUAAUGAAUAUCUGUAUCUUAUGACUUCCAUAAAUGACUAGUUGAUAUUCAAAAACAUAUUUCCGUGUUUUGAGGGUUGGGGAAAAAAGACUAAACUAUAAUUUGAAAAAGGCAUAUUGCUUCCAGAUUUCGAUAUGUAUGGAAAAAUACUGUUGCAGUGAAAAUCUUGGUACAAACUUGUACAGACUAAUAAAUCUUUUACACAGUAUUCAGUUUUGUAACCUCC